GCUGGGACCGGCCUGGCCGAGCGCGCGGGCGCCGGGGCCGCAGACAAAGGCGCCGCUCGCGCCCGGGCCGUGGCGCCCUGGGGCUCUGGCGCGGGGGUCUUGGUACUUUAAGCCUCAUUUUGGAAUGGAAGUCUCUGUCACCCAUGAGCGGAUUUCAACAUUGGCGUUGGAGGAACUUGGACAGGCAAAGAGCCUUUCCUGAAUCACCUCAAGUUGCACGAGUGUUGUCACAAAAGGCAAGUCCUCUUCUUUCGUAACAGCUAAGGAGUACUCCACUGACUUAUCUGUGGAGGCCAUAUGGGAGUCCUGCACCCUGCAGGAGGGCUGGCUGGGGAAUGAGAAGAGCCUGGCUUCCUGAGUGGCAGUGUUUCAGCUGGCUGGACAGAUCAAAUAACACUCGGGCUGGUUAACAAAAGCCUGGCCAGCGGGAAGGUGUUGGAAGCUGGAGUGUGGAAAUUUACCCAACGUUAUUUCUGUGACAGCGAAGGAGACUCGGUCUGAAGGAUGCCAGGUCCCCACAGCCACGCUCAGCCCGGCAGGUCCCAUUCUUGCUUGCGGUGGCAUGGAUGAGGGGGUGGCCGAGGAUGCUGAGCCGUCUGAAGUGCAUGGAGGAUCCUCCUGCCGCCAUUCUCCCCUGCAAUCGGGGACCUCAGGUGUACGAUCAGGGACUUAGGUCCUGUCAGUUUUCUCCACCCAAGCCUCACCAGUCUGAUUUGGAUUUCAGAACCUACAGGGAGCUGGUAGGAAAGAGCUGGUGGAAGUGGAAGAGGCCCUGAGAAUCUUCCAGAAUCUGCGGUUGAAUCCCUUCCUCCUGCUUGGGAGACGGAGCAGUGUCUGAGCUGCUGAAGGCUGUGGACCCCCUCAGCUGGGUUAUCCCUCCUCAGCCAAGGAACACGGCUGGGCCCCAGCGGCCGAGGGAGCCUCUUGGGACCUACAGAUCAAAGGGGGAGCAUUUGUCUCUUUACCUGGUCGUCCAUGAAGAUCAAGACUUUGACUUCGGCUUCUCUUCCUCCGAGGUUGUCUUGGAAAGAAGCAUGAGCAGUUGGAAGGUUCCAGGGGCGCUUGGACUGUGUAGGAGCUGGGGGUCCGACUUCCCUGUGCAGGUGCAGAAAACAAUCUAACCCUCCAACUUCUGCAGCUCUGAGCCCGGCCCCCUCCGUCUCCAGGGAGCUGGUGGACAACCCUCCCCCAGGAUAAAGGACCUCCCCGAGAUUCAGCAGGACUCUGCAGAAUGCAGUGUGUUGGGGACACUGCCGACCACCCCUCCACGCCCUGUGCAGCCCCCAAGCACUGAGCCAACGAUGGCCGAGAAGGGUAACGGCCUCGCCAGCAUGUACGGGUAUGACCUCGGGGGGCGCUUCAUUGACUUCCAACCCCUGGGUUUUGGCGUCAAUGGGCUGGUGCUGUCGGCCGUGGACAGCAGGGCCUGCCGGAAGGUGGCCGUGAAGAAGAUCGCCCUGAGCGAUGCCCGCAGCAUGAAGCACGCCCUCCGGGAGAUCAAGAUCAUCCGGCGGCUGGACCACGAUAACGUGGUAAAGGUGUACGAGGUGCUGGGGCCCCAGGGCGCCGAGCUGCAGGGCGAGCUCUUCCAGUUCAGCGUGGCCUACAUCGUGCAGGAGUACAUGGAGACGGACCUGGCGCGCCUGCUGGAACAGGGCACCCUCACCCCAGAGCACGCCAAGCUCUUCAUGUACCAGCUGCUCCGUGGCCUCAAGUACAUCCACUCCGCCAACGUGCUGCACCGCGACCUCAAGCCAGCCAACAUCUUCAUCAGCACCGAAGACCUGGUGCUCAAGAUCGGGGACUUUGGGCUGGCCAGGAUCGUAGACCAGCACUACUCCCACAAGGGGUACCUGUCAGAGGGGCUGGUGACGAAGUGGUACCGUUCACCACGCCUGCUGCUGUCCCCGAACAACUACACCAAAGCCAUCGACAUGUGGGCAGCCGGCUGCAUCCUGGCCGAGAUGCUGACCGGGAGAAUGCUCUUUGCAGGGGCCCACGAGCUGGAGCAGAUGCAGCUCAUCCUGGAGACCAUCCCCGUGAUCCGGGAGGAGGACAAGGACGAGCUGCUGCGGGUCAUGCCCUGCUUCGUCAGCAGCACCUGGGAGGUGAAGCGGCCCCUGCGCAAGCUGCUGCCCGAGGUGGACAAUGAAGCCAUUGACUUCCUGGAGAAGAUCCUGACCUUUAACCCCAUGGACCGCCUGACUGCUGAGAUGGGGCUGCAGCACCCCUACUUGAGCCCAUACUCGUGCCCCGAGGAUGAGCCCACCUCGCAGCACCCCUUCCGCAUCGAGGACGAGAUCGAUGACAUCCUGCUGAUGGCAGCCAACCAGAGCCAGCUCUCCAACUGGGACAGGUACCCCGUGAGCCUGUCGUCGGACCUGGAGUGGCGGCCCGACCGGUGCCCCGACGCCAGCGAGGGGCAGCGCGACCCGCGGGCAGGCUCGGGGCCGCUGGCCGAGGACGUGCAGGUGGACCCGCGCAAGGACUCGCACAGCAGCUCCGAGCGCUUCCUGGAGCAGUCGCACCCGUCCAUGGAGCGCUCGUGCGACUACAAGGUGGGCUCGCCGUCCUACCUGGACAAGCUGCUGUGGCGCGACAGCAAGCCGCACCACUACUCGGAGCCCAAGCUCAUCCUGGACCUGUCGCACUGGAAGCAGACGACGGCGGCGGCGGCGGCGGCAGCGGCGGCAGCGGCGGCGGCAGCGGCAGCGGCGGGGACCGAGCCCGGGCCGCGCGCGCAGGGCCAGGACGAGCCGGCCAGCCUCUUCCUGGAGAUCGCGCAGUGGGUGCAGAGCACGCAGGGCGGCCCCGAGCUCGCCAGCCCGCCCCCCGACGCCCCCGAGCCCCGCCUCCCGGCCUCCCCGCCCGGCCGCCUGGCCCCCGCGGACGGCAGCGCCAGCCCCCAGUUCGACCUGGACGUGUUCAUCUCCCGCGCCCUGAAGCUUUGCACCAAGCCCGAGGACCUGCCGGACAAUAAGCUGGGCGACCUCAAUGGCGCCUGCAUCACCGAGCACCCCGGCGACCUGGUGCAGGCCGAGGCCUUCUCCAAAGAAAGGUGGUGAGGGCCCAGGGGACCCGCGCCCCCUCCCCCCGCCAGCCAGCCAGCCAGCCAGCCGGAGUCCACCUGGGCGGCAGGGGACGCCUCCCUGGCCCCUCCACCACCCCUUCCUCCCCGUCUCUGGCCACCCUAGCUUAGCAGAAGCGUAGGAAGCGUCGCAGGAGCCAGAGGGGACUGUCCAUUUCUUAAACUGCCUUAAUAACUAGCCUUUAACCUCUGGGAGCGAGUCUGAACAGGAGCCUAGUUGGGGGAGCGGAGUGGCAUGGGUCACUUGCCCAGCGAAGAGGCUGCCUCUGCAGUUUGGGGUGCGCAGGGAAGGAUGGGGUGUGGGUGCGGUUUGCCGGCCCAAGCAGCUUGGCCGGGUGCAGGGGAAGCCCAGUGGUUAAUGUCUGAAGCCAUCUAAGUGUGCACUAGCCUGAAAUGACAGGUGGGGACAGAGGGUGUGACGAGGCCAAGGUGGGGGGCUCACCUUGAAACUCAGACUCCUGGGGUCCCCCCCAGCCACUCUCUCCCCAUCUCACACCUCCCCGCCCUGAGGUUCUGGCCAUUAGGGAACAACGCCCAGGAUGUUUCCUUCCUGUCCACCCGGACACAUCCAACAGUCUUUCAUUCACUGCAAAGCCCACUGGCUCCCCGGCUUGGAAACAGACCCCCGUUUCUUUCCCCCUUGUCAUUAAGCGUCCUUUCCCUGGCUUCUCCAAAGUGCUGAAAUUCUGCUCAGUCGCCUCGCCUCCUCCCCCUCCCAAUCGCCUCACCCCUGCGCGGGCUGAAAUCUCGGUUUUUAGCUCAGACCAGCUUGGGGGUCUAGGGGUCAACCAGCUCAUCCAUCAGGCCUUGUGUAUACGUCUCCCCCCAGAACCCCUAUGCACUUUCCUCACCCAGGCACUGACACAAAGACACAGCCCUAGUUCCUGAGGGGACCCUCCACACGGUGAGCUUGAAGACAGCCAUUCCAAGAACCCCAUGACCCCUGCACACCUCCCCUCCCCCACAACGCCUCUGCCAUGUGCCCUGCAUUAUCCACACGUGUGGGGGAGAGCACCGAGGUGCCCAUCACAGGGCAUCUGUGUCAGAGAAAUUUCACCUUCCAUCUCUCACGCUUCAUGAGAACCGCCCUUGGUCUCCAUCAUGCACGUAGCCCUGGCAGAGAGAGACAGAGAGAGAGAGAAAGAGAGAAAAUUCUCCUGAGAAACGCAUUACAGAGCGUGGCAUGAGGACAGAGGAUAUCUGGGAAAGGAACAUUUGAAAGGUGGGGUACCCACAGCGAGAACCCUCAGGACCAGGCAACGCCCUGGAGACCCCACAAAUUGAAGGCGUCAGAGCCAGCAGCCCAUCUUAGUGGAGGCUGGAAUGAGUUUGGAGCAGACAGACAGAGAAGCACUCACACGGCCAGGCGCAGUGUGGACCCAGAGGCAUCACUGUCCCCUGGAAUGCUCUGCCCUUUCUUUCCCUUCCCUGCCUGACAACCCCAAAGAUUCCCCCUGCCCGGAAGUCUAGCGCAGCUGUGAGCAGGGGACCCCCUCCCCCCGACACACUGCCCAGUCUGGUCUUGGGCUGUGUUCAUCCUCACCUCGACAGCACCUUAAACCCGAUCAGCUAACUAGGAUUUGUACAUUGAAACAGGCAACACAUUAGCAACCUAUAUUUAAAAACCGAAUUAAUCACACUGACCGAUUUUUCCAAGGAAAAUGUAAAUAAGUAGUGUUUGUUUUCUUUUAAAGACAAGGACACGUACACUGACCGCCCUCAUGUGCCAUCUGUCCUUCAAGGGUGGCUUUGCUUUUUCGGGGAACAAGCUGCUGAUCUUGACCAGGAAUUCAUACGGGAUUGUUCUGACAGAGAAACUGUUACUACUCCUUGUGUUUUAAAAAGAAAUUUAUUAAACCUUAUUAAACUUGAUCAGAAUGGGCCAAAUAAAGUUUUAUUGGAACAUGGA